CCGCGCCCACGCUCUGCUGGCCGUCUUCCUGCUGCUGUUCGCGACGGGUGCAGACGACCCGAUGGACGGAGGCGGAGGAGGCACCCCAGAGGCGCAUGAUGUGGCCAAGUGCAGGCGUGCCCUCAAGACCUUGCGCAGCAUCCACGACGACAAGCACGCCUUGGUGGUCGCCGCUCGGGAGGAGCUCGCGGCCGCUGAGGCCGCGGAGCGCGCCAAGAUGCCCCCCGAGGAUGUCCUCCGCUCGGCCCUCGACAGACAGGCCACCCGGGAGACGGAGCGGGCGAAACUACAGGAAGAAGUGGACGGUCUCACCUCCCAGCUGGCGGCCGUCACGGAGAAGCUCGACGUCGUCAAGCAUCAGCUGGUGGAGUCCGAGGCGGAGGUGGCCCAGGCCAGGCUGGCCAAUGCCACCGCGCCCCUCCCAGCGGGUGCCGCCUCGUCUGUGGCAGCGCUCCAGCAGCUCCUACAAGGAGCCCACUCGUCCAUCCUCCAGGGACAGGAAAGGAACGCCGUUGGCGGCGCCAUCCUGGACCAGCUGGUCAGCCACCGGCAGCGGCUCCUGGGGAACAGGCAGGUGCUGCUUUUCGUCCCGCGGGCGGGCAGCCCGCUGGCGCCAGCGCCCCUCGGCCCACGGCAGCGGCAGCCCCUGUCAGCCCACCGGCGCCUCAUCAGCAAGCCGUCGCCGAAGGCGGACCUGAAGCCCAGUGGGAAUACGCAGGGGCUGCCUAGGCGUGGCAGAAGGCGCGCAGCCAGGCGCGCCAUGGGCAUCGUCACGUUCAACGGCUCAUGCUGGGCCACGCUGAGAACUUUAUUGCUCGAAGGCGCCCAAGACGCGCUCAUUGUCUCAGCGCAGGAACUUCGGCUCGACGGUGAAUCUCCGGCUCGUGCUCGGGCCUGGGCUACGCGGAAUGGGCGGCAGUCAUUCAUCAGCCCGUGCCGACGUUUGGAGAGCAGCCUCCCAGGCGCAGGAGUUGGGAUCUUUGUCAGAGCGCAUGUGCACACCACUCUCUGGAGUGGAGCUGGGGGCGCAGCUGGCAGUUUUGAGAUCCUUCGCUCGUGGGCUGUGGCUGUGCACAUACAUGCGGGUUUGCGAGUCGGUUUCAUCAUUGGAUCGGCGUGCGUGGAGUCAGUUCCCGAGGCGGACUACCUGACUGCCAACUAUCAGAAGCUGAUGCGCAUAGCCGAGGCCAUGCGAUACUACUCUUUGCCAUUUGUCUUCGCUGGUGAUUGGAACGCGCAGCCGCAGGACCUUGAGGGCCUUGGCAUUCUCCAGAUCAUGCCAGCAGCGGUCGUGACACCUGAGUCGGGCACCUGCC